UGUCUCAUUAACAAAAUGUUCAAAAGAGGUGCCGUUUUGGAAUCAACUUCAUUUGCUUAUAAAUUUCAAGGUUCAACAUUCUUAUCGGAUAACAUUUUCUGUAGUUUGGUAUUAAUGGCAGAGGAAAAACUAGGACAUGGAACUAAUCCUCCUCAGGAGCAUCCAAAUGAACCCUUACCAAGGACUUAUAACCAACUUCUAGGGACAAACAACCCUACAAAAACAAGCUGGCCUGAGCUAGUUGGUGUCUCUGCAGAAGAAGCAGAGAGGAAAAUAAAGGAAGAGAAGCCUGAGGCUGAAAUUCAAGUGGUGCCACAUGAUUCAUUUGUUACAGCUGAUUAUAAAAUCCAGAGAGUAAGAUUGUAUGUUGAUGAAUCUAACAAGGUUGUUAGAGUUCCUGGAAUUGGCUAAUCCAUAAACCAAAUGUGGAUUUUAAGGGAAUUUCGUUAUGAAGCUAGUGAUGUAAUUUGAAGAAUAAAUUUUAUAAAAGUUUCUAUCACUUGGUUUGACUA